CACCAUUCAGCAAGGAGCACUUUGCGUUUUUGUUUUGUUUAUUAAAUGAUGACUCCGAUCACAAAUACAUUAACGCGGAUUGUGUAUCCAUGGAAUACUCAUCUUCCAGACAGUGCUUUCGAAUGAUCGUUGACUGUCUCCUUGCCCCGGAGGAAAUUGAAUUGCUGCCGAACACGCCUUGCGAUUGUCGUUGUACAGCAUACACUAAGAACCCCCACGAACAUCAUCACCUGCUGUAAAGAUGUGGCGUAGUGCCGGUUGACUACUGCAGCUUGAAGGUAACAGUGAUGGCAGAUUUCAAGAUGUCUCUGCCAUUGGCUGUCAUAGUGGUCAUAUCUGUUCUGGAGCUCGGUGUGGCCAAGGCUGGACCUGAACUAGACCCGUACAAAACCUUGGGUGUCACUAGAGGUGCAAAUCAGAUUGAGAUUAAGAAAGUUUACAAGCGACUUGCUCGAGAAUGGCAUCCUGACAAAAACAAAAAUCCAGGAGCUGAGGAUAUGUUUAUCAGGAUUACCAAAUCAUAUGAGAUUCUAUCCAGUGAGGACAAGCGUGCCAACUACGACCAUUACGGACAGACAGAUGACACUCAGCCGUAUGGCAGCAGCCGCUACGGUGGUCAUCGCCAUGACAACUUCAACUUCGAAGAGUCCUUCUUUAACUUCCCAUUCAACAGCAAAAACCACCGGGAUUUUUCCGACAGCAAGUACUCACUGCACUUUAACCAAUAUGUCAACGACGUGGUGCCCGACAGCUUCAGGAGACCCUACCUGAUAAAAAUCACCUCCGAUUGGUGCUUCAACUGCAUCCACAUUGAGCCCGUGUGGAAAGAGGUGGUGCAGGAAAUGGAGACGCUAGGUGUCGGAAUCGGUGUGGUGGAUGUUGGCUACGAGAGACGGUUAGCCAAUCACCUCGGCGCUCAUCGUACGCCGUCUAUACUCGGAGUCAUUAAUGGCAAAGUGACGUUCUUCCAUUAUGCUGUAGCAAAGGAGCACCUGAGGCAGUUUGUGGAAGAUCUUCUACCGCAAAGACUCGUGGAGUGGGUCAGCGACAAGAAUGAAAAGCGGUUCUUGAACAGUUGGCAUGAACUCAACAAACCGCACGUGCUCCUCUUUGACCAAGUGCCUGCAGUUCCCUUACUUUAUAAACUGACGGCUUUCGCGUACAAGGAUUACAUACAGUUUGGCUACGUGGACCAGGGCCUUUCAGAAACGGUCGAGUUGCAGAGACAAUUUAAUAUUAACACUUAUGCUCCGACCAUGCUGGUUUUCAAAGAGAACACAGACAACCCUGCUGACAUCAUACAGACUAAAGGGAUGAAAAAGCAGAUUAUCGACGAAUUCAUGUCAAACAACAAAUUUCUCCUGGCACCCAGGCUGGUGAAUCAGAAGCUCUUUGAUGAGCUCUGUCCUGUCAAGCAGUUCCACAGACGGAGGAAAUACUGCGUGCUGCUGAUUACGGGCAAUGACGAGAGCUUUUCUCCGGGGAACCGAGCCUUUCUGGCUUUUGCUUCGAGCAACACAAAGGAGGUUGUGAGAUUCGCUUAUGUUUACCAACAACUACAGCAACCGCUUUGUAACAUCCUGAUGACCAGCAAGGACAGCACGAAGAUACCACUGCCACCGCAGGUGGUGAUCCUGGAGAGGCGCAAUGCUGCCGGGAAGGCCCUUUUCAAGCCAGUGACUCCUUGGAAUGGCAGUGAAGAAGACAAGCAGCGUCUUGUGGCGGAGUUGCAGCGACUCCAGAAGGACCCGUCAAUUCUGAUCCAUGAUGCCAUGCUGCCCGAGCUCAACAACGAGUUUGCAUCUAUUUUUGUGAUCCAAUGGAUCUAUGCAUUUUAUGAUUACCUCACUGAAGUCAUCGAUGACAUUCUGCACAACAACUGGCGUGAGAUGAUGCCUUUGCUGUCCCUCAUCUUUUCUGCCUUAUUCAUCCUGUUUGGAACUGUGGUCGUCCAAGCAUUCAGUGACUCGAGUGACGAAAACGCCCCCAAACCAAAAGCAAAAGAUACAACUAAAACAGAAAAUGGAUCUCCGGGUAGUGCUGGUCCGUCAAGUCGGCCUCCCAAGAAGAACUUUGUGGAGGUGACGGAGUUGACAGACAUCACCUACAUAAGCAACCUGGUGAGGCUAAGGCCGGGACACAUGAACAUUGUUCUCGUGAUCACGGAUGCCUCGAAGAACAUUUUGCUUAGCAAGUUUGCCAAAGAGGUCUACUCUUUCACAGGGAGCCCGGCGCUGCAUUUCUCCUUUCUGAAUACAGACAAGCACAGAGAGUGGAUGUGUACGCUGAUGGAAAGGGCACAGGACACCGCGCAGAUCUUUGCAUGCGAGGACGAUGAAGCCAACGCCAAUAUGGACUACACCGGCUCCGUGCUGGCACUCAACGGACACAAAAAGUACUUCUGUCUCUUUAAGCCCGUCUACACCGGGGAAGACCCGGACAGCAAAAUGCCGGAGGAUGAAUCGGCCCCGUCGGUGAGAAGGUCGAGGGCGGCUUUGCGUGACGAACACCCUCCACGCAAGUCAGCUCGCUCCCGUAGCACGUCCACCCUCCAGAUCCACCACAAGUUGGACCGUUUGGGGUUGUGGAUGGAAAGGCUCAUGGAGGGCACCUUGCCUCGUUAUUAUGUCCUUGCCUGGCCAGGGCUCCACAAGAUUACCCCCAGUAAAUAGAUGGAGACAGGUUAGGAGUGGGUGAUGAGUUCACAUUCAAAAGGCUGCUUGUAUGUCCUUUUGUUUUGUCUUGCAGUUUUUGUGUUACAGCAAGGGUGUCCAAACUUUUUCUUCUCUGGCCAGCAUAAAGAAAAAUCACAAGAUGUAAAGGCCUCUUUGACAUUGGUUCUUUAUUUUUAUUAAUAAUUAAAAAAAAAUUCAUCAAUGCACUUAAAGAUGGGCAAAAUAUAUAAUGUCUCGUAUAUUAAGUCUACACACCCUUGUUGAAAUGACACGUUUUUGUGCUAUAAAAUGAGAUAAAUAAUGUUAAAUAAUUUUAUAAAUAUUUAUAAGUUUUGUUGCACCUUUAAUAUUACCUCAAACCUGUGCAACUCAGUGAGAGAAAACAUCUUUUCAAGUUGGGAAUUGAAAAUAAACAGCUGACAUAAUGUGGUUGUGCAAGUGUGCACACCCUCGUAUAACAUUAAAAUUUAUUUAUCAUGGUGCCAUUUUUUAUACAACAAAACAUGGCAUUUGAAAAGGGGGGUAAAAACCUUUUAUAUCCAUUUGACCCUGUUGAUGAAGCAAAAAGUUUUUGGUCAUCUUCAUGUCUGCUUUAUGUAUAAAUCUACUAUUUGAAUUGAAAUGUAUGGAAAUGCAAUUAAUCUAUUCCACCCUACCAAAAACAUCCUAAAAUGUUUUAGUGGAUCUUUUUUAUGAGAAAAAUAGCUAUGUAUUCUGCUGCUCCAAUUGUUGCUGCGGCAUUGAGAAUAGAGACGGAAUAUUGAGACAAGGUUGGCUAUUCCGUCUUGACCGGUCAUCUUAAAACAUACUACAUACAACAUAAAUCAUACUGGCGCACUAUUAAUGCAUGUUUUGUCUUCUGUUGAAAGAUUAUUACUCUGGAUGCUGAGUGGCUGGUGCAAUAUUGCGUACUACUGUUGUGUUAAUUGUGAUCUUUCCAUCGGACCUCAGAAUAGUUUUCCUUUGAGAUAGAAAGACCCAAGUCCCGAGUGUAAGAUUUAGCUGUGUUAGUCAAUGUAGCAACCAAAACCCACAAGUAGCUUCAUGUAGCCCAAUGAAAUUUUGUAGUUGCAUUGUGUUUGCUUGUUUGGUUUUUCUUGUUUCUCUGGCACGGUGAAUAACCUUAAGAUUUUACUGUGAACAAUAUAUUUGUUGUAUGUUUACGAGUUUCAGUGUACUGUAUAGAUUUCAUUGCUACUGCACGUUAGUCACCAAUGCUUGCUUCUGUAAGUUCACCAGUGGAGUUCUCCUUUUGUGGGGGAAAUAAAAAUAAUUUAUGGUUUUUAAACA